AUGGCUCAGAUGGUGAUGAUGACGUCUGCCUGCUGUACAGCUGUCCUCGUGCUGGUGCUGUGUGGGGUGGCUCAGGCCUUUAUGCCGGUUAGUGGGGGCACCAACACCCACGCCACCAUCACAGGAAAUGCAGUGCUCAGUAAAAUCACCGAGGUGUGCCGGGCUGUGGCGGAAUCUGAGGGCAGAGAGUUCAAUCCUACGGGUUCGUCGGCAGAGGAGCUGCUGAGAGCGUGUCUAGGCACGGCCACCGGAGAAGUGUCAGCAGCAAAGUUCCGCACGGCGCUCAACCAGAUCUACAUGCAGAACGGCCUCGUGGACCGCGACUUAGCCAACAGCCCGGCCCACCAUUUCAGCAACGAGGCCUUCGCCCAGGCCCGCGCUCUCAUUACUGAGGGAACCGUCAGCGUAAAGGCCAAUGUCCGCAAGGGGAACUUCCAGGCAGCAAGAGAGACCCUAGGACGAGCCUGCCACACUUUACAAGAUUUUUACAGCCACAGUAAUUGGGUGGAGCUGGGCAACAGAGGUCCCUACAUGAACCUCCUCCGACCAGACCUUCCCAUUGACAAUGUUGCAGGUAAAUGUAGUCAUGGAGGGGCAUCAGACAUGACCAGCACCGAGAUACCUCGCGGAGGCAUCAGCAAGGACGAGCGCAGAGCAGACAAUGCAGCGCUACAUGACGCUGCUGUAGCCGUGGCAACUCAGGCCACUCUAGCACUCCUGGAGGACAUCCGGGGAGCUGCGGGCAACAAAGAGUUCCUGCGAUUAAUGGGUAUUGCCCGCUCGUCUGUCCUCUGUUUCGUGAUUGACACCACUGGCAGCAUGGCUGACGACAUUGCUGAGGCAAAGAGGGUUGCCAGUAACAUCAUUGACAGCAAGAAGGGCACAGUCGACGAGCCCUCUGAAUACAUCCUUGUCCAGUUUAAUGACCCCAAAUUUGGCCCUUUGGUUAGGACGACAGACCCUGAUGUGAUGAAAAAUCAGAUUGCUGCUCUUAGUGCCAAUGGAGGAGGGGACAUACCAGAGAUGUGUCUCUCUGGACUUGAGCUGGCUCUGACUGGUGCACCUCCCUCCUCCCAAAUCUACAUCUUCACUGAUGCACCUGCCAAAGACAUGCACUUGGAAAAGACCAUCAUUGCCCUGAUCCGCAGUUCAAAGUCAACAGUGAACAUUUUCAUGACACCCUCAAAGAGGAGCUCUAAGUACUCUGGGCGCUACCCUCGGGCAGAUUUCCGUGUGUACUAUGAUAUGGCACUGGCCUCUGGUGGACAAGCCGUUGAAGUGUCCAAGAGCAGCCUGCCUGAGGCCACGGAGAUCAUUGUUGACUCCUCCACAUCUGCGCUGGUGACAAUUCUGCAGAGGGCCAGGAACCCAGGCAAAAUAGAGACCUUUCCCUUCCUGCUGGACGAGUCUGUCUCCAAUGUGACCUUGUACAUCACUGGGACUGCAGUAGCGUUCACUCUACAAAACCCCACAGGUGUGUCUCAGAGUUCUACAGAGACCACUGGACCUCUGGGAACGAUUAAUACCGUGGGCAAUCUGAAACGAGUCAGGCUCACCACCCUAAACCAGACAGGAUUAUGGGAAAUCCGCAUGAACAGUGGGAAUGCCUACACUGUCAAGGUCACCGGCUCGCCAACCAAACUACUGCUGACCCUCACUGGCCGACACGGACCCGAGAGUCUGAAGGUGAUGGAAGCGGCACUGGUGGAGGUGUCUGGCUCAGGUGUGGCCAAUGGAACAGUGGAGGACAUGGGAGGUGGCAACUUCCUGGUGUCCAUCAACAGUGCCCCGGCAGGCGAGUUUGUGGUUCUUCUGAAGGGGAAGGAUGCGUCCACCUCUAGCCGAUUCCAGAGGCAGUCCACCACACAGAUGUCUGUGACUCCCGUGUCAGUCAAGGUUGUAGCUGACAGCAGUAUGGAGCCAGGAAAAUCACUUGACAUACCAUUCACCAUCAGCACCAGUGUGCCGCGGACCAAGUUCAACAUCCGUGCAAGAAAUGACAAAAAUUUUGUCAUGAAGUACCCUAACAGCAUUGUCAGUGGGAGCAGAUCCACAGCUGAUGGGACCUUGACCAUCACUGCCCCGUCCAACACUGCUUCAGGCACUGACAUCACACUGACCAUUGAUGUCGAGUCUGCUGGAACCUCUGACUCAAACUACGCCGUUGUGCGGCUCUCUGUGAUCAAAAAGGUUACAGAUUUCACGCCACCAGAAUGCAAUAUGUUCAACAUCAACAACAGUUGCCCAACUGACUGCAGAAACGCUUCAUGGCAUGCCACUGUUAAUAUGACGGAUGGCAAUGGUACCGGAGUUGAGAAGGUCUGGAUCCAGGAGGGCGACGUUUUUCACUCUGCAAAUGAGACUGAGCAUGGCGGCAUAACAGUGAUCCAGUACUUCUGCCAAAUUUCCUGCUGCACUCCCAACCUGAAGGUGUCGGUCACGGACAAGGAGGGCAACGUUGGCACGUGCUUCCAUUCCAUCAGGCCAAUUACCACACCAGCCCCCUUCACCACGCCCAACGGCGGACCACCCUCCCUUGGUAUGGCAACGCCACUGUGGAUUUGCCUGCUACUCUCUGCCACUGCCAUGAUCCGAGAUUUAGCUCCACUCUCGCUUUAAAAUUGGCAUAUGAUUGGGAGCA